AUGCCGCGGCAAGAAGUCCUCCUACUCGACGUCUCACCCGACCCUUCUCUCAUAUCCCAAUACAUCGACUAUCAUUCCAUCGGCAACGUCCCCAAACCUAUCCUCGACUCGAUCAAAUACCCAGGUUCAGGAGUGAUCAAUAUGCGAAUCUUUCACUUCUCCGAUCGACUCGCCAUGAUCAUGGAUGUGGAAGAUGAUUUCUCCUUCGAGAAAAAAGCUGCUAGUGAUGGCGGCAAUCCAGAAGUGGAGAAAUGGGAAAAGACAAUGGAGAAGUUUCAAAGAGAGAUCAAAGAUCCUACCGGCAAACAGGCAGGCAAAUGGAAGCGGGCAGAAUUGUGUUUUGAUCUCAGUGAACACUUCAAGUAG